UACUUUUAUUAUUGGUUGUAGGCCUGGCUACAACAAAGUGUAAUCCUAUGCAUGUUGGAUGUUGGACAUCACUUCCUCUGAAGAUAAGAUAUAAGAGAGUCGUGAUUAACGUACGUUCAAACGACAACGCGUGCUUCGCGUGGGCGGUGAUGGCCUCUCUGUAUCCCGUCGAUCUACACCCGGACAGAUCUUCAUCGUAUCUUCACUAUUCGUUGAUGUUCGAUGGUAUUGACUUUCCUUCCUAUGACGCUACGAAACAUCGCUAGAUUCGAACGUCUUAACAAGUUGUCUAUCAAUGUAUUUGCCAUUCGAGAGAAAAGGGAGAGAAACGGUAUCAUGGUCGUUCCCUUGUCGCUCACGGGGAAAAAGAAGUCUACGCACGUGAAUUUGCUCUGUCGAACGAGCGGCGAUAAUGUCGAUCACUUUGUAUGGAUAAAGCACCUGUCUCGACUGUUAACAUCACAAAUAAAUAGGCAUAAGGAGAAAAAGUACAUAUGCGAUCGAUGUCUGUAUUACUUUUACUCGAACGAGAAACUGGUCACGCAUAGCGUCGAAUGCAGAAGAGCGAACGACUGCGCCGUUAUUCUUCUGAGCGGGGAAGAGCGACAAGUGGCUCUCCUUCCGCAAUCACAAUGAAAAGAAGAGACUACGAUUUGUCGUGUACGCCGAUUUGGAGUGCGUUUUAGAAAAGAGAGAUCGAUGGUUCACGGGGAAUCUCGAUAGAUUCGCCUAUCAACAUCACAAGGCAGCGUGAUAUUAUUUGCGUAGCGCGGAAUCGUAUUCGCGUAUAGAUCUCGUCGAAGCGACGAUUGCGUCUCGUGGUACGUCGAGGAGCUGCGCGUUCUCGUGUGUGAGGAAGAUUCUCUGCGCGAGCGUACCGAUAUCGGAGCUCACGCCAGACGAGCGGAGUGCUUUUCAAAGGGCGACAAAUUGUCACGUGUGCGGAAGGAUCUUUGGGUCGUAUGACGUUCGCGUGCGCGAUCACUGUCAUCUUACCAGACGUUACAGAAGACGCGCAUGCGAGUUGCAAUUUGAACUCAAAAUGCAUUCGUUGUUCCCGUUUUUUUUCACAAUCUAUCCGUUACGGCGCACAUUUUAUUAUUAAGGAUGUAGCGAACACUUUCGAGGGUAGAGUCGACCUAUUACCGCUGACUAAGGAGAAUUACAUCGCGUUUUCGAAAACUGUCAACGAUUCGGCAUAUGGAAAAUGGAAAAAUUGCGUUUCGUAGAUUCGUUUAAGUUUCUCAAUACCAGUUUAGAAAAAUUAGCUUCGUAUCUAGAUCGGGACAAAUUGAGGAUCGCGAAUUCUCCGGUCCGUCGCGAAGAAUUUCGAAUCGCUCACGCGCAAGGGCGUAUUUCCGUACGAGUACGUCGACAGCGUUGAUAAACUAUUAGAGAAUUACCGCCGAUCGAAGCCUUUCACAGUUCUUUGACUGACGAAACUGUGAGCGCUAGCGAUUAUGAGCACGCGCGAAGGAUAUGAGAGCGUUUUCGCGUGAGGACUCUUGGCGAGUACAGCGAUCUAUACUUGAAAACGGAUGUGUUUCUCUUGGCGGAUGUUUUUGUAAAUUUUCGGGAUUCCUGGAGAGUUAUGGUUUGGAUCCAGCGCAUUAUUUCACGUUACCGGUUGAAAUACACGAACGUUCAAUUUGAUCUGCUUACUGAUAUCGAUAUAGUGAUGUUCGUAGAGCGCGAUAUACGCGCGGUCUGAGUCAAUGCUCGACAGGUACGCGCGAACAGGUACGCGCGAACUAACAACCAAUACGAAUCAUUUUACGACUCGUCUCGACCGUCGUCGUAUCUCAUGUACUAUAUGUACGUGAACAACGGCUGAGCCAUGUGCGAACCCUUACCGUAUGCGGAAUUUCGGUGGAUCGAGGACGUCGAGAGUCUUCAGACUCCGGUGUCACCUGAUAUCCACUCCGAUAUCGGUUAUAUUCUAGAGGUUGAUCUUGAGUAUCCGCGAUAUUUUCACGACGGCCACGCGAUCUUCAGUUCUGUCCGACACGCGAAAGACCGCCGGGAAAUCGAAAAGCUACUCGCCACGCUCUACGACAAGUCGCGUUAUGUGACGCACUAUCGCUUCAGCAGUGCGUGCGACACGGUUUACGCGUGACGAAGGUCUACCGCGCGUUGCAGUUCGCGCAGUCUCCUUGGCUGCGCGCGUACAUCGAGCUCAAUACAGAACGGAGAACUCGCGCGAAUUUGAGAGGAAUCUGUAUAAGCUGAUAAACAACGCGGUUUUCAACAAGACAAUGGAGAACGUGCGCGAUCACGUAGACGUGAGGCUCGUGACGCGUUGGGACGAGAGAUACGGCGCGGAGGCGCUGAUCGCGAAAUCGAACUUCCACAGUAGGAGCGUCUUCGACAAGAAUCUCAUGGUCGUCGAGUUGCAAACUCGAAGUUAAUUUUAACAAACCGAUCUACAUCGAUAUGUGCAUUCUAGAGAUAUCCAAGACGCGUUUGUACGAUUUUCAUUACGAUUAUAUGAUGCUGCUUUAUCGCUCUAAAUGCAAAAUCAUGUACACGGACACCGAUAGCUUGAUAUAUUUUCUGGAAUGCCGAAACAUUUACGAGAAUAUGAAGCGGGAUAUCGCGAGAUUCGACACCAGCGAUUACCCCAACGACAACGCAUACGAUAUACUGCACUCAAACAAAACGGUUCUCGGUUUGAUGAAGGACGAAAACAACGGAGCGAUCAUGACGGAAUUCAUAGGACUCAGGGCGAAGAUGUAUGCUCUGAGAGUUCUGGGAAAGAGCGAUACGAAGAGAAUAAAGGGCGUCAAGAGGAGUACCGUCGCGAAAACGAUAACGUCCAAAGAUUUCGCGCUUUGCUUGAACGAAUCGUCGCAGCAAUCGAGACGUCAGGCGUGCAUACGCUUGAUGCUGCACGAGGUUUACACCGUAUCCGAAUUAAAGCUAGCCUUGAGUCCUUAUGACGACAAGCGAUACGUAACACCUGACUCUACCGAUACAUUACCGUGGGGUCAUUAUAAGCUAUCCGUAUCAGAUACUAAUGUAGUAUAAAUACUUUUACCAUGCAGAAUAAAUAAUCGUUUCACUUUGUACUCUUUAUUCAUUAUAAUACAGCCGUUUUGUGUAUCC